CAUCUAGCUCUUCGUUUGUAUCUCGCCCUUUAAUUAUUUCACUUUCUAGUCACUUUCGUAAGUUGCAAAUCAUACUAUGGGUUUCACAAUUGCACAAGGACUCAUGCUUGUGUUGCUAAUUGCUUCCACUAUGGCAGUUAGCACAGCCAACAAGGGUUGGCAAUUUGGGAAUUGGCCCUACCGUGGCCCUUAUCACCCCAAUAAUACACAAACUUCCAACAGUAUCAUUGUGGGUGAUUCCUACCAUUGGAACUUUGGCUUUAACUACACCGAUUGGGCAAUCAAACAUGGCCCUUUCUACCUAAAUGACACUCUAGUUUUCAAAUAUGAUCCCCCGACUCCAAAAACAUUUCCUCACAGUGUUUACUUGCUACCAAACCUCCGGAGCUUCAUUAAAUGUGACCUGAAAAAUGCCAAGAAGCUGGGAAAUGUGACACAAGGAGCUGGGGAGGGCUUCAAGUUUGUGCUAAAAAGGCCAUGGCAACCUCACUACUUUGCUUGUGGUGAGCGCAAUGGCUUUCAUUGCAUGAAUGGAACCAUGAAGUUCUUUGUGAUGCCAAUAUUCCGUUGGUAUAGAUAAUUAUUAGAAAAUGUGCAUGCCAUGGGAAAUUUUACUUACUACUAUCUUUUUACGUUUGUUGUGUUUUAGCAAAUAAUGAGAGUUUAUAUAUAUAUAUAUAUAUAUAUAUAUAAAUUACAAAAGCUACUCUAAACUAUCACCCAAUUUUUGAUGUGUUACCUAAAUUUUGAAACUGAGUAAUCAAUCCAUCAACUUCACUUAAAAUUACAAAUAGCCUAUAUUACUAUGAUUAUUAUUACUAUUAAAUUAAAGGAAUUUAAAGCUGAGGGAUUUGUAAUAUUAUUUAAGGAAUUAAAUGAAUGCAAGUUUAGAAGGGAAGACAAGAGGAUUUGACUGAAAUUAUUUUAAAUCACUUGGAAACUAUUUGUAAUUUUAAAUAAAUAUUAAGGGAUUGGUUGCUCAUUUUAAAGAUUAUGAGUCACAUUCUAAAUAGGGUAAUAUUUUUUUUUUUUCUUUCCAUGUCCUUACAGACAAUGUUAUGAGUUAUGAAUGAUUGAGAUGAUAGAGAAUAAAUGUAUCAGUUGUGGCUGGGUAUUCAUGCUCCACAGAGGUGCCUCUUGCAUCGUUGCAUUUUUUUUUAGAAGCUCCUGCAUCCUUGCUAGUCUUUCUGUAAUAUUUACAAUUAUAUAUUGAAAAGUCGGAAUCUUUUACAAUUGGAAAUGUUUGUGACGUUUGGCAUAAUGAUCAAUGUUUGUAAAUGCACAAAAUCAUUACUUGGAUGUACAUGGAGAUGAUUUGGAAUUC